AUGAACUCUCGGUUUGGCUCUAACAAGAUGAAGGCUGAAUCCUCUAGCGAUGGCGACGAUUGCCUACUGCUCAAUUCUAGCAGUGAUUCGGAGUCUUUUAGAAGCUUGACAAAUGACGACGGCAGCUCUUACAUGGAACACUUGUCCAAUUCUGCCGAUUGGCAACAUGGGACAUCGGUUACUACGAGCAAUGCAUGUGCCAUGCUUCUGUUUCUUGUGCAGGGCCUUGGACACUGGGGGGUCUGUUCUCUAAAGGCACUUUCCCAUGGCUUCACACAUUGGCUUGGGACGCUACGACCUCCUGCUGUUGUGCUCAAGGGUGUGGAAGGCUCAGGACGUCGGGAUGGAAGCCAACCCAUUCACUACCUUGACGGUAUUCGGGGAAUUGCCUGCUUCAUUGUCUUUAACUUCCAUUUUCUCUACCCAUACACACUCACUAUCUUCAAGGGCUUCGGUGCUCCCACCUCAGACGGCUACCAUCAUUAUGUGCACCAACUUCCUUACGUCAGCCUACUUUAUCGUGGUCGCGCCAUGGUAAUGCUGUUUUUCGCCCUUUCCGGCUAUGUUCUUAGCUAUAGAUGCCUAUCACAAAUGAGGAAACAGGCCUGGGAAGACUCACAAAAAUCUCUUUCCUCACUCACGUUAAGACGAUUUACCAGGCUCUAUGUCCCACCAACAAUAAGCAUGUCCAUUGUGAUGGUGGCAACCUUUUACGGUGCUUUUGAGCCAGGUCGUCGCUUCCAGAGUAGUGAUUGGAGAACUGGGUAUCAGGAACAUCAUCCUGUUCAGAAAGCGACUUUUUCCGCUCAAUUUCAAGAUUUUGCCCGUAUGUGGUGGGAUUGGAUCAAUCUGUGGAAUUGGAACUCUUACUACAGCAAUUACGACCCCCACACGUGGACGAUACCCCUGGAGCUCCGCAGCUCCAUGGUGCUUUUCAUUCUGCUAGUUGCUCGGACGAAAUUGCGCUUCCUCUAUGGUUUCUCGCUCAUGUUAGUGUCGGCAGUCUAUUGUCUGAUGUCUGUGCGGUGGGACGUUGCAAUCUUCCUGGGAGGCGCUCUCGUCGCUGAAUUGCAUAUUGCUUCACCCACCAAAAGGCCGAAUCUCCCGUCACGUUCAUCCGGUAUAAUCACGCCAUCUGCCCCAGCGAGCCACAAGCGCACCCCAUCAACUGUUGGCCCACGUCUGGGCCUGCUGAUAAGCCUUUACAUGCUGGCCUAUCCUGAUGAGGCUGGCGAAAAGACCCCAGGCUAUGAGGUACUGGCAUCGUGGACCCCAUCCAUCUACCGCGACAACCGGAUCUUCUGGAAUGUGGUUGCGUGCGUCAUCCUGAUGUGGUGUGUCGGACGUGAUAGACUGCAGUCGAGGUUCUUUGAGACAGAUAUUGCUCAGUACCUCGGCAAAGUGUCAUACGCUUUUUACCUAACCCACGGCCCGUUGUUGCACUCCAUUGGCUUCACUAUACAGCCUAUGAUAUGGGAACUCUUUGGGCACGAAUCACUAUACCAGUGGGUGUUCGGUCUCUUUAUAGGCUGGCUCAUCAUGCUCACCCUGUCGCUUAUGGUCGCUCAUAUUUUCUGGCGGUGCGUUGAUAUGCCUCUGGUUACUUUAACGAAAAGAAUUGAGAAGGCUAUAUCGGUCUCUUCGUGA